UAGAGAUUAAUCUCAGGGUGCCAUGCGCUCUCAAUUCGCGCCGGUUUCAGCACUCCUAGUGUCACUACGCUCUAGCCAUGGAAUAUACUUGACCAUAUGUGGUAUCUCUUACCGGAAAUUCUCCUCCUCCACCCGCCUUUCGCAACUUGUCUCGCUCGCCGACUUCCAUGAAACCAAUGUCCAAAUCCCAAUUGGAAGCUCUGGAAAUAUCUCCCUAAACAUUCUACAACCUAUUACGCGACACGCCUUCCGGCGAACAAAUGUUAUCCUCUACCUGCCUCCAGGGCCUCUGUUUCCAAACGACAAACUGGACACCACAACAGGCUUCAGAAAUGAUACCAAGAAUUCCGCGUACUCGGAUCCGUCUCCGUCACCGCAGCAUGCCCUGUCUUCUAGCACAUUAUCGACUGUUGUGACAGUGAACUAUCGGCUCGGACAGGUGGAAGAAAAUGGGGAGCAAAAGCGUUAUUACUACCCAGGCCCCGUACACGAUACACUGGCAGGGUUUGACUGGAUUUUUGAGCAUCUGAAACCGAAGCGGCUAUGUGUAUUUGGAAAGCACAUUGGGGGUUCGUUGGCAGUAAUGCUCGCGCUCACUGAGUCACGAUCUGUUACUGCCGUAGCUGCGCACGAGCCGAUAUGCGAUUGGACCGGCUUGGAUGAUUAUUGCUUGAAAUCCGAUCUUGUACCUGAGGAAACUUUCGCAGCCGAUGAGAUACAUAGCAAUGAUAAUGAUCAUGGAGAAAAGACAACAACAGCAGUAGAUCAUAACCCAAAGAAGCGUGGACGGAAGAAAAAGAUCCCAUCAUCGCCACCAGAUCUCGUCCCACUUCUCGAAGCCCGGAGUGCUCUAUUCCGCAAUCCUGUCAAUUACUUUGACUCCUUUGCUUCCCCUGCUCUGUUUCUUCGUUCUGCUGGAAAAAAUACGCCGGAGACUAUUCCCACCUAUCACACUGGUGGAGACUAUUCUAUUCCCGUACUCAAAAUCCCCCCGAAGGACAUAAUCAGUGGCCCAGACUUUACCCGAUCUUUCCAAGAUUUGGAUCUAGAUCUGAUCCCCCCUCCCAAACUGGAUCUGGAUUCUGAUUCUUCCGAUUCUGAGAAGCCAACCCGGCGUAGAAAGGCCUUAUCUCGAUGGCCACCGUACAGCCUUGAAUAUAAUGAUAGGCCCGGCGUAAAAUCUUUAGGACCCUGGGAUGGCAAACCUAACUUACCACAUAUGCAGAUAUUCGUGCAUAGCAAUCUUCCUUUUGAGUCGGUCCCAGAGUUGGUGCGGGAACUGAGACCAAAAGGAAAAGCGCAAGGUGAAAUUUCUUCUCAAUCUGGGAAUGGAGCUCGUAAUGCUUUGAGCUCCAGAGCUGGCGAUGUAUUCAAGAAAGUCGGAGUGAGUGGUGAAUUUGGCAGUGAUCCUCUUACGGAAGAAAAAGCCUCUUGCUUUGCAUCACCGACUAUGCUUCCUCCUCGCCGUCCACGACCCUCCCGUAAACGCACGCUGGAAGCGGAUGGAGAAACUAUCCUGGCACGCCAAGGAGCGGAGAUGGUCUCCUUGAUGCGUAAUGCGUGUUUCUGGGGUAGGGAGAAAGGGUAUGCAGAAGAAAGGGUUAAGGCUGUGUCCAUUCCAUUGUCUUUGUCUUCAACGGCAGUCCUUGGCCGUGAAGGAGGUGGAUCAGGGAGUCGCAUGAAAGGCCCGAGAGGAGCUGAAGAAUGUGUUAAUCAAUCAUCUAGUGUUGAGGAACAGACUGGAAGAUAUUUCUAUAAUAUCCUAGAGCGAGUGAAUCGGAACGAAUAGUGAGUGUGGUUCUCCACUAUCAGGAAACGUCUCCAUACCACUUUUUUAAAUUUUC